AUGGGACCAUGUGGGAAAUUCGAUAAUUUUGCCAGCAUUUGCUAUACAAACGGAUUGCCGAACACAUGCUCAAAUGCAACUCAAUUCUGGAGUAACGGCAUUCGUACGAGUUUACAAAUUCCAGUGCUAUUCAAAGCACCACUACUGUCUCAUGGCAAUUCGAAUCCUCCAGUACCAUCCAUGGAGAACUACUUGCGCAGAGUUUGCUCUCUGCCUAUCCCAAAAGCACUCCAAAGUUUUGUGAUGUUUCGUGAUUUGUGGCCUGACGUUGACUGGAUAAAAAACUGCAUCCGUUUGGGACUACGCGAGUAUUUCGUCGGAGAACUUACUCGGCCGCUGCUUACAGUUUCGGAUUGA